AUGGCUUCUCUUCAUGACACUCCAACAUCUUCAGCUCCCAUACCCCACUUCUUCAAGAUCAUUCUAGAUGACACUGCUAAAAACAUCAGAAUUAAAAUUCCAAUGAAGUUUGUGAUGAAAUAUGGAGAACAUUUAUCAAGUCCAGUACAUCUUAAACUUCCAAAUGGUGCAGAAUGGGAAUUAGAACUCAGAAGAUGCAAUAAUGGUGGGGUUUGGUUUGACAAGGGUUGGCCGGAGUUCUCCAAAACAUCUACUGAGGUUGAAUAUGCCAUGACAAAGCCCGAAAUGGAAGAAACUGAUUAUGAAGAAGAAGAUGAUAACUCUGUAGAAAUCUUGGAUGAAUGCAACAUCAACUUUAGACCAACAAAGACUCAAACUUCACUGAGAAACAAAGCCUCAGAUUGCUCAAGAUCAGAAAUGAAAAGGGAAAAAUCUCCAUUAGCACCAUCAGAGGUCAAAGAUGGUGUUGGGAGCAUGCAUGCAUCAACUACAAGUGGAAAAGCUAUAGCUCUUCAGAGAGCUAUUGCUUUUGAAUCUGUAUGCCCUUCUUUUACUGUUGUCAUGCAGCCAUCGUACAUCUCAUGCGGUUCUUUGACUGUGCCAGCAGGGUUUGCCAAGAGACAUCUUAUGAAGCAGCCUGCUAAUGCCAUCCUUAAGGUUUCGGACGGAGGAACUUGGUCUGUUAAGUUGUCAUAUCCAAAACUGAAAGUCCGAUUCCUGCAAGGUUGGAGGGUAUUUGUAAGGGACAACAAUUUGAAACUCGGGGAUGUUUGUGUCUUUAUCUUGAUUAAGGACAUUAAACUCUCAUUUGAAGUUGUCUUUUUCCGAGCUACUGAAGCUGCGAAUUGCUCCUUGCCUCCAGGCCAUGCCAGAGGAGCAAUGAAAAACAAGGCUACACAUUGGUCUAAAUCAGAAAUCAAAAGAGAAGAUGAUCUGCCCACAAAGAAAGAUUUUGGAGGCUCAUCUAGCAGUCAAACAUUCCUAAAACGAACACCUGAUGUUCUUGGGAGGAUGCAUCCAUUGACUAAAAGUGAAAAAGCUCUGGCUCUUCAGAGAGCUAAUGCUUUCAAAUCCGAAAAUCCUUAUUGCUUGGUUGCCAUUCAACCGGCUUAUAUCCUUCAACAGUACAUGCAUUUCCCACAUCCGUUUGCAAGGCAACAUCUCAUCAAGAAGUCUGCUGGUAACAUAAUCCUUAAGAUUUUAGAUGGAAGAACUUGGCCUGUUGAAUUCAAAUAUGAAAAUUCAACGGCUCGAUUCCAGAAUGUUGUCUUUUACCGCACCAACGAAGCUGAAGAUUGCCCCUUGUCACCAGGCCUUGGCGGAGGAGCAAUUGAUCAAGUUGAGAAAAGGGAAAGCCCCAUAAAUCAAGUUGAAACUGGUCGCACCACAAUUUGUGAAAAUGGCAGGUACAAAGGGUUGAAGACUGAUGGGCAGAUUACGCAAAGGCCUUUAAAUUCAUCAUCAAGGGCUCUUGGAGCUGCCAACAGGUUCAUCCCAAAGAAUCCAUCCUUUACAGCCACUGUAGGGUCAACAUAUCAGCUAUUGCAUGUACCAGUUAGGUUUGCCCGGAGUUUCAUCAAAGGGAGGAAGCAAACCGUGACUCUUCAGGUUGGAGAGAGAUCAUGGCCUGCGAAUUUGAUUGGUUGGUCUAAAGAAUCACCAGCUAAACUUUCUGGUGGAUGGACUGCAUUUGCGACGGAAAAUUGUUUGAGGGGAGGAGAUGUUUGUACGUUUGAGCUCAUCGAGAGAAACAACAUUGUACUGAAAGUUCACAUUUUCAGACAUUGA